AUGGGAUCCGGGGUUUCUAGACAAGUAGAAAGACGUAAGGCACUCACAACAGAGAAGAGAACGUUAUAUGAUCUUCAUGAAUGUUGCGGCGAAGACUUUCCAGCUUGUACAUUUAAGCCUGCAGAUAGAAAAAACUGGAUGGAUGACCUACACCCUGAGAAGCUUAAGAUAAACAGGAUUUGUUGGCCCGGAACUCAUGACUCUGCAACAGACAGGAUUGGAAUUCCUUUGGUUACAAGGCCUUUUGCACAAUGCAAAUCUCUAUCUGUCUAUCACCAACUUGUGCUAGGCACCAGAGUUCAGAAGGAUCGACAAGUCUGUCAUGGGAUACUUGUCACGUACAGCAUUGAUGUUGUGAUCAAAGAUAUCAAGAAGUUCUUGUCUGAAACACAUUCAGAGAUCAUAAUCCUUGAAGUCCGAACCGAGAAUGGACAUGAUGACCCUCCUGAAUUUGACAAAUAUUUGAUGGAUCACCUUGGACAAUUUCUGAUCCACCAAAAUGACAAUGUGUUCAACAAGACUCUAUCAGAAGUGUUGCCAAAGAGAAUAAUAUGCGUGUGGAAGCCAAGGAAUUCACCUCAACCCAAGAGUGGGAGCCCUCUGUGGAAUUCAGGUCAUUUGAAGGAUGACUGGAUUAACACGGAUUUGCCAUCAACCAAAUUCGAAAGCAACCUCAAGUAUUUAAGUGAGCAGCCACCAGUUUCCUCGAGGAAGUUUUUUUACAGGGUGGAGAACACAGUGACACCAAAGCCUGAUAAGCCAAUUGUUUGUGUGAGACCUGUGACAGGAAGAAUCCAUGAAUUUGCUAGGUUGUUUAUAACUCAGUGCUUCUCUCGAGGCAUUGCAGAUAAGUUGCAAAUUUUUUCCACAGAUUUUAUAGAAGAGGAUUUUGUUGAUGCUUGUGUUGCAGUUACAUUUGCAAGAGCUGAAGGAAAAGCCUGA